AGCUUCCCCGGGCCUGUAGCACCCCGGGACGCGCUCUGUGUGGGCGGCGAUGAGGGUCUGGAGCUCGGAGCAUGUGUUCGGCCACCCGUGGGACACAGUCAUCAAGGCUGCCAUGAGGAAGUACCCGAAUCCCAUGAACCCCAGUGUCGUGGGCGUCGACGUGCUGGAGCGCAGUGUGGACAGCCGGGGCCGGCUUCACAGCCACCGCCUCCUCAGCACCGAGUGGGGGCUGCCCGGCCUCGUGAGAGCGAUUUUGGGAACCAGUAGGACUUUGACAUACAUCAGAGAACAUUCUAUUGUGGAUCCAGUGGGAAAGAAAAUGGAACUCUGUUCCACCAAUGUAAGCAAUGGCCACGAUGAUCACACUCACAAACUGGGUGUCGGUGAGCGAGAGGCUGGUGUACACACCCCACCCGGAGGACCCAGGAAGGACCGUGCUCACCCAAGAAGCCGUCAUCACCGUGAAGGGGAUCAGCCUCGGCAGCUAUCUGGAAAGUUUGAUGGCCAACACGAUAUCGUCCAACGCAAAGAAGGUGGUUUCCAACAGCUAGUUACCAAAAGACAUCAUCAUUUUACAACAGGAACUCCACACAGAAGGGAGAAAUAAAAAUACUCACUUUCGUGAGCAAGGCAGAAGAGGGACUGCCUGCCACGGGGUAAGCCUCUUACCUCCUAGAAUCCCCCCAAAGUCCUAUGCCAUCUGGCCAGCAGACAGUGUCCUCAGGGGACACGCCUGUGACUGACCGAUCUUCUAACCCUGCUGAUCCAC